AUGCAUCCUCCAGAGACUCCGUUGCAUGUUACACAAGAAGCUGUUAGGAUGUUAGAGGCUUACCUGAACAUAAGCUCUCUUAGAAGGCAAAAAAAUACUAAAUCUGACAGAUCAGAUGUUUACCAUGACGACAUAAGCGUACUGCCCCAUAAAGAUUACAUAAAAAAUAAUGAACUGUUAGGGGCUGAUCAAGCACCAAUGUGCGCAAGUGCUAGCUAUGUUAACCAAAUACUGAAUAUGUCUCUUGAUAACAGAGAACGUUUAGAGAAGUUAGAAAAGAUCUCUCCACAUUUCGGUAAUACGACAACACAUCUUAACGAUACUUGUUCACUUAGCUGUGAAAUUAUUCCUAAUAAAAUUCCUCUUCAGUCAAUGAAUGGAUCAUUUGCACAGAAAACAAAAAUGAAUGAAUUUUUUCCUCGUUUUGACAAUGUUGAUGGUCUUAGUGCUAAAUCUCGACAGUCUGAUUCACUAUAUAAUUCAGUUAGCAUAGAAUCAGUCAGUCCACCAGUGUUUGAAAUACCAAUUCAAAUACCUGAUAUAAAAACUGGCAGUUCAUUGUCCAAGAGGUUUGUAAUGAAAGACGAUUCUGUAUCUUCAUCGAUCAUGCGCUAUCAUAGUGUAUGCGGUGGAAGUGCAGAAAAAACUCACACCAUACCUAAAAUAGAGGAAUGGUCAGCAAUCGAAGUUAACUCUCAUCAUAAUGAAUAUACUCGACGUUUCAGUGUUAAGUCAGCCCCUGAAGACGUAAAAAACUGUGUGCGCAUAAUACCUAAACGAAGUGCUACCAAAAAAUGGUUUAAAUUCCGGCUUCCCAAAAGCAGUUUUAACUUAAAGUCUCACAUUGGAAAUAAAUUAUCUACAGCUAAAGAGGAAAUAUUCGAAUUAAACAGUGUAUUUAUGGGAACUAGUUCUCGCGACAAAGCAUCAAUUCUAGAAAAAGAAUAUAAUGGCUGUGCUGAAGUCAAUGGUACCCUUUUUCCUCCAAUACCCAACAGAAAAUUGAGUACAAACAUCAUAAACAAACCAAAUGAAAGGCUUCAUCAUCCACCACUUACCAAUGUAUGUGCUCAGUUAUUCCCCCGAUUAUUUCGUCAGAAUGAAUCUUCGUCUAAUUAUUUAUCAAGUGGUUUUUUCCCUAGAAUACAAAGGCUAUCCACAAACACUAUUCGUCGAGUAAAGCGAAAAAAACGUACUGCUAGGAAAUUGGAUAAAAUUUCUACUCAAGCUUCUGUAGAAGAACAAGAAGAAGAGUUCCGCUUAUUACCAUUAUAUACCAAACGGCGUUCAUCAAAAUUCUCUCAUUAUGGGAAUGUUGGGUUAAUUGAAAAUAAAGGGAACUUCUUAGUUAAAAAGUAG